UACUUUUUUCUACCCAUUCAACACCAAUUCAAAUAUACACAGUUUUUGAAACUAACCACCACCACUAGCACUGAUCCAUACGUUUGGUACCAGAAAAAAACUAGACGAUCAUAUGAAGUGUCAUCCGGUGUUUCAAGUGCAAGCAGAAGAAUAAUUGAAAUGCUCGAAUACCCAUUGUUGCAUUUUCUUUCUUUUUGUUUAUGAUUCGACUAAGAGUUGAAAUGGAUUCUAGAAGCUUUGUUUUUGCGCUUAAGGCUUGUGAGCAAUUUAAAGGGUUUUUUGUAGGAGAAUUUGUGCAUUCUGUUGUUUGGAAAAUCGGGUUUGAUUCUCAGUUGCUUGUGAGAAAUGCGUUCAUUCAUUUUUACUCUGAAUGUGGUUUGUUGAAAAAUGCACACCAAGUGUUUGAUGAAAGUUACUUGGACUACUAUGAUUGAUGGGUAUGCGGCGCAUAACUGUUCAGAUCAGGCUAUGGAGUUGUUCAAAUUGAUGUUGUUAGGUGAUGUUGAGCCUAAUGAGGUGACUUUGAUUGCGGUGCUUUCAGCUUGCUCUGAGAUUGGUGACCUUGAAAUGGGGAAGAGAGUUUGUGGAAAAAUAGAAGAGAAGAAUAUGAGAUGUAGCUUGAGUUUGCAGUUUGCACAAUGCCUUGUUGGAUAUGUAUGUGAAAGGUGGUAGUUUGGUUGAUGCUAAAGAGCUUUUUGAUAGAAUGGAAACCAGAGACAUUUACUCGUCGACUAGUAUGGUUAAUGGGUAUGCGAAAUUUACCUGUAGAGAGACAACUAUCUCUGCUCUCAAGGCUGCAAAGUUGAGAUGGCCAACCUUGUUUGACAAUGUGGAUUCAGCCACAGAAGAUUGGAUUGUUGAACAAAUGAUUACAGUAAAUAAUUUAAUUAUGGCUAGUUUUGUUUUAUUUUAUCUUGUUAUUACCGAUUGGUUAUUUAUUCUACCCCACUUUAGAGUUAGACUGUGUGUACCAGAAACUACUAACUUUGUGGCUGGUUUGAAUAUUUAUGCCUCUUUUACUUGUGAGGUUGUUGCUCGAGACAAGAGUUUCUUCCAUCAGAAAAUCUCCGGUGAGUAUAGAACUAUAGACCGUGGCUUCAUUUAUUUUUGGUGCAGGUCUUUGCCUUCCAAUUGAAGCCUAUUGUCAUGGAAUAGUGGAAAGAGAAUAGGGAUGAUCAGAUAGAACUGUUUGGAAAGGUCAGAGAUGAUUGGUUGGAGAAGGAUUUCACUGGAUGGAUUCAAGCUAAUAGAUUCUAUCUUGGUAUUACUGAUGCAUUAAAAUUUGCAAGCUCAAGAGUGUACAUUGUCACCAAAAAACAGCUCAGCUUGGCUCUGCAACAGGAGUCUAUAAAACCCUCAUGAAGCACCUAGUUGGAGUUUCCGAGGUUUAGCUGGAAGUUCAAUGGCCAAAGAAGAUGGUCAGCCUCAACAAGUUGAAGAAUCAUUUUCCUUUUCAGACUCUGAAUCCACAGGAUCAAACCUUAGUAUAACUGUAGUUGGAGCUUCUGGAGACCUUGCCUUGAUGAGAUCAAACUUCUCAAAUAUGUCAAUAAGCAUGAUCCUGGAGACAAGACAAGGAUCAACAAAGUGUAGACUUCAAAAAAAUUGGUGUCAUGUUCAGAAUCUAGAGAGUUGUUUGGCUUUGAGAUACGAGGCUUUAGCUAUGCGAGAAAUCAAAUCCGCAGAAUGUUUUCAUGCAGUUGCAGUUAAGGCAUGUGAAAAUGCUUUGCGUUGCAUUGGAAAUGAUGAUGUUCAAAAGCUUGGAAGAGACGCGUUUCCUGAAAACUUGAAGGCAACUACUAUCACAGAGAUUACAAGGCUUAGGAACUUUGCAAUGACAUCAAUUACUUCACAUUCUGUGGACAAGCUGAAAAGGAAUUUAGAGUGGAAGUUGAGGCUGGUCAUGUGGGGCACAAGAACUUGGUUAGACUUUUGGGUUUUUGCAUUGGAGGCACUCACAUGUAACCAUACCAUCUUGGUAUAUAUUUUAUGGGUAUUGCUAACGAGUGCCCCGGGGCACUCUUUAAGCAUUCCAUUUAAAGAAACUUUUCAUUCAAAAAAUUAAACACUACAAUUUCCAAUGCGUUGACUUUACGCAUUCCGAUAAAAUUCUAUAAAAAACUUACUAUUUAAGGACUUAAAAAGUGUCCGGGGACACUAUUUAGCAUUUGCCAUAUUUUAUUUGUUUUAGCUUAUACUCUGAGUUCAUUUUCAUUCUUUACUCCUAAACCAACUCCCUCUAUCAGUAAACACAUCGUCUCCCACUUCAUCCAACAAACCGUCUGUUCCACCUCUCCAUACAGAUAAUAUACUCUAGAUAAGCUCACUAAGUAUAAGGUUGCAGAAAAUUCAAUUUUCAUAUUGUAGCUCUGCCGUCUGCUAAUAUAUCAAACAUAAUUACAUAUUAACGAAAGGUAAACGGGCAACAAGCUGUGCCGCUAGCCCUUUCUGAAUGGCAAAGCCAAUCCUUUUGAAAACAACAUUCAUAGACCUAGGAGAGACAACAUUGUU